CACCAACUGCAGCCGCUGCUGUAGCCCAUGGCGCGGGAGAGAGGACCUCCGAGUGUUCCCCAGCUGCUGGCUCUGCUCGCGCUCUUGGGCUUUGUGGCAGCGCGGGCCCACGCCUUCUGCCCAGUCCGCUGCGUCUGCAAUGAUGACAAGCUCACAGUACAGUGCGCGGGCGCCGCCCUCGACGUCAUCCCCAUCACACUCAAUCCUGAGAUCCGAGAACUGCAUCUGACGAGGAACAACAUUAAGAACAUCCUGUCCGCCUUCAGCGUCUACCAACAGCUCGAGUCCCUAGAUGUCUCUUACAACCAGCUAAGGACGCUGGGGCGUGGUAAUUUUCCUCUGGCAGAGCUCAAGGUGCUCCUGCUAGACAACAAUGCCGUGGUGGAAGUAGAGGCGGACACCUUCAAGGGGCUUCGAGGGCUCCUGGAGCUUCAGAUGCGUCGCAAUGGACUUGCCGACGUGCCGUCCAGGGCCUUUCACGACAUGCGGAGUCUGGAGCGGCUGGAUCUCUCCCAAAAUCAGAUCUCCCGCGUGGACCCGGAUGCAUUUGUGGGCUUGCACCGUCUGAAAUCCUUGGUGCUGCGCGAGAACAGGCUCAGUCAUAUCCCCACGCCGGCGUUCCACCACAUCCCUCAUUUGCUCGCUCUGGACGUGGCGCAGAACCCUAUCCCAACGGUAGUAGAAAAUGCGUUCAGCCACCUGGUCCGCCUCCGAGAGCUCGUCAUGGAACGUUGCAACACGGCCAUCCUGGAACCAGGGUGCUUCUCUAGCCUCGUGUCCCUCUCUUCACUUCGCCUGCAAGACAACGCGUUGGCCAUCUUUCCAGCCGAGGCCCUGUCAGACUUGCAUCGGCUCGAAGAGUUACAUAUCGGCCGAAACGGGUUCAGGAGUCUCACAGAGGAACACCUGAGAGCUCUGGAGAACCUCAAGCGUCUCCACAUUAUUCGCGCUGAAUCUCUCGAGAUAGUUGACGAACUUGCCUUUAGCCAGUCUACUCAGCUCGAGCAAAUAGUGCUCGAAGACAACAAACGGCUGACCUUUCUGGCACCCGGAACCUUCAGCAAUCUGCGUCAGCUGACCAGGGUGAGCCUGCGAGGCAACGGCAUCGAGUCCUUUCAUCCGGACCUUUUGCCCUGGAACCAGCUGGCUUCCUUUGACAUCCGAGACAACCCACUGGUGUGCAACUGCAGCGUCAUCUGGCUUUGGGACCUUCUACGCGCGCUCGACCACAACGGGAACUGGACCAACGUCCGCUGCCACAGUCCACCCCACCUGAGCCAGGAACUACUUCGGUCGCUAUCCCACUACGACCUUGACUGCGACGGUCACGCACGCCGGAACAUCCUCAUCGUGGGCCUCUCCACGACGGCCAUCUUCGCGAUCAUUGUGCUGGCGCUUGUGUUGUGGUACCGCCGCAAGGUGUCCAGCGUGCUGAAGAAGCAGAUGGACACCACGAGCCUACACGACCCUCACAUGGGGCAGUUCCACAAGUCCGAGAGCGUCAUGGCCCUGCCACCGGCAGCCCACGUCACAUACAACGGCAAGUUUAGGCCGACGCCCUUGGCGUACAUAUAAAAGCCGUCCGCCCCGUCGACCGCACUCGUCUCGCCGACUCAUCGCCCGGUGCCAGAGACGUCCGUGUUUCGUGACUGCCACAACAAACCUUGAUACACUGACACAGUGUCGAGCAGGCGCGCAGUUGUAAGAAAGUAUCACAAAACAUAUCCCUGAUGGAACUCCGCCUUCGCUUCUAGAAGAAAAAGAGUGGUGCCAAUGGUUUCCGAGAGUUCUUAUUUUAUGCAAAUGUCAAUGUAGAAAAGUUUGUGCACGCGCGUGUCCUGCAUUUUUUUCCGAAGCGUCCGGCGUCCCUAUGUGAGCUCCUUCGAAGCGGACAACGGAACCUGCCCCCGACAUAUCGAACAAUUUCCAGUUUGUGUUUGUAUACUUGACGUGCGACAGAUUUCACAAGCGGAUGCAAGUCACGACGUAGGAGACACAAUGACAUGACGGCCAAUUCGCUUCCUUUUGGGAAGCAGACCUCCCGAAAUGCAGAUUCCACCCGGAAGCGGCAGCAAAGCCUGGACUUCCGGAGACAUCACCGAAUAUGCAAAACAACUACUUGUUUCUUGUCAAUAGACCGGCUCACUUACAUUUUCUUGUUUUUGGCGGGAACGUUUCGGUACGCGACUACGGACGCACCGGAUAACGUUAAAGCACGUGUACGCAUCCAGUUUGGCUCACGGAUAACUGCUCCACGGCAAAAGUCGCAAGAACCUCAAUAAUGCUGUGGCUGUUGUUGUUAGGUCUCGUUCUUUUUUUUUUUUUUUUUUUUUUUUUACGGCGUCAGAAUUACAAUAUGAGUGAACAGUUUCCUGGCUUUUAUUUUAUAAAAAAACGUAAAGGCGAAAAUGUCUUUCUAUUUAUCUAUUUUCCCCAUUACGUGUUCACAGCGAUUAAACGAGGCAUUAAAUCGAAUAUCCGCCAAAGAGAGUAAUGAACUGUCUAAGUGGGGCUGUUAUCUCUGAGCAUAGCUGCGCCUUUCUAAGAACGGUUGACCGGAGCAAAGGGAAAGGUUCCGUACGCUGACCAAACGUAUUGUCUCGGGAUGCAAGUCGAGGAGAUUACUCCUACAAAGGAGGACACUCACAAGCGGAAGAAAUGACUUCGUAAAGGAAGCCCGAAAAAGGGCGUGAAAAGAAGUACGAGUGCUUCGAAGGACGGACCUUGAUGUGCUCUGGUUAAGCGUUUUUGGUUGUGUAAAUUAUACUUGUCUUUGAUAAUUUUAAAAUCCAUUACUUGUUGCUCGUGUGUGACGUUCGUUAAAGCCGCAGCACAACCGGCCCGUCGCAAAGAAUUUCGAAUUGAGCAGCCAAGAACUCUUGAAGAAUCGCACCCCAGCGUUUCGCGGAAACUACCGUGGUGCCGUUUGCAAACGUGCGCGCGGUGUCACAUUCUUGUGCUGUGGUAGGAGCCUUUCAUUACCCGAGAGAGAUUACUUCCGAGUGCUGUGUGUUAAUUAGAAAUAUAAAACAUUAUUGGAAUUUAUUAACACACGUUUUACCCGAUUAGAAUUAUAAGGACAAAGUUCGUAUUGACACGUCAUCAUUUAAUUCUUUGAACCGCGUUUUAAAACACGGGAAAUACCAAAGGCUAGCAGCUACCAGUAUGCCAUGAAAUGUCGGCUAGCUUGAUUUAUAGCAAACUACACCACGGUCUUUGAUGAUCUUGGUAUAAAACUGUCGUAAGAGGUGAAAAAAACGCCGCGCCGUGUAACGAUACGUAAUAUCGGUUAACACAUAUCCGAAGAAUAUUUGCUAACAUAAGCAUGCGCUGUGUUUAAUUAACGAUUGCCCGCCCGUCACGGCAGCUCUGCUGUUGCUGGUUGGUUUCGGCACUACCAUUGUCAGCGCAAGUCAAUCCGAUCGUUACUGUCCGGGCGCUGGUGCUAGUGCCGAGCGGCUUCAAUUCCGUUCUCCCGAAAGAAUGGAUAUUUCUACGAGGCAUGCUUUUGGGAUGGUUUCAUGCCGCCAGUAGCCUGUUUAUCUCGAAGGGCCAAAUUCAUUAUAAUUAAUUAAUUCCUGAACGCUGACGAAACACAGGGUGCGUUUAGUCCUGUGCAUCUCAUUAAGGCUCUGCAGCCAAUCCGAUUGUGGCAUUAGUCGAUAAGAGCGACAAAAGAACCAAUCAAACGCAAGAUGCUUGAAUAUAAUUAGCCACACCAUCGUUUUUCAGGCUGUCGGUGGCUUAACUUAUACUUCGACCUUGAACUUUCGGAUGCUCCUGGUUGCUUCUUUGUUUUACGAGGAGAAGAAAACUUCGCAGGGACUUAGCAGAGACAGCGACCGAAUUUUUUAUUAUAGGCAACACUGUAAAAGGGGUCAGGCUUCCUCGUUGUUUUACCACACAGAAAUUUUUGAGCAUAUUAUCCUUCCGACGAGGGCCAGAACGGAAUGUUUAGAUCCCAAAACUAAAUACUCUUUGAAACUAAACGGGUGUGCAGGCGAGAUGGUUCAAUACUGACAUGGUAACCGGGGAGAGGGGAAAAAACGGGGCGGACAACACAAAGCUUCGGAACACUGCUGAAGAUGUAAUAGGCCGAUUAAAUAGGCCCACGACCAAGAAAAGUACUACACACCAAACAGGUUGAGAGGUUGAGGUUUAACGAAUGUGUGGGAGCCGUGAAACUGGAAAAAUGAAAGAUGAACUGUUUGCUUUCGUAAUGUUGCGGAUAUACGUCCACUUAUGUAGUGAGAAAUCUAAAACAGUGCGUGCAAUCAUUCACCUCGCAUCUUCGAUGAUAUAAAGCGGCAGGAACUGCAUCACAGAUUGGAUGCGCUUCAAAAAAAAGAAAAAGGACUGAAGAGAACAGCUUUGUUAUGAAGUGUAGACCUAACGAGAGAGAGACAAGAAAUACAGUUUUUUUGUGACGUUUGUAACCCUUCAUGCCCCUCCCAAGUAUGACCUCCCAUAAAACAUACAAAAUACAAAAAAGAAGGCGAAAUAAAAAGCGACCGAAUAUCAGACGUGUUACCAUUCAUGCCACCCCGUGUAUAGAUUGAGAGAGGAAAAGGACGAAUAAAUUUUAUAAG